GAGCAGAUGGUGAGGUCGUCUAGUUGGGCACCAGGCUGUGAUGACAUACACUGCCGCACGACCAAUCUCGCGUUUGAAAUCAGUUGACAGGACUCGCAGCUCUGGUCAGCGCCAGGUGCUCUCUGUAUGUUUACUUGGAGGAGGGUACGAGCUCAGAGAAGCGCGAGCUCAAGGCAAGCGCUGUGCUCGGGUUACCAGUGGCGAUGAUAAAGCUAUUCAGUCAGCCGCGGGCGAAGCACAGAGGACAGAAGAACGGCGGCUGAAGAAAUCAAAACUAAACCUCUGUGAAGAGACGUCGCUUUUUGCUAAGUUAAAUAUUGUAUUAUUAAUUUUUCAUAUAUAUAGUAAUAUUAUAUUUCAAGACUGAGCGCUCUAAUUGUCUGUUUUUUCCGGUGGCAGCUAAGUAUGUGUACAGGGGGAGAGGCAUUCUUGUGGUUGAUAAAAUGCUAAGAGUUGUCUUGAAAGCACCAUAAAUCCAGAGAAUGCCAGACUUUGAUGACAAAAUUAGCCAAUGAAGGACCGCCGCACCUCCUUCCUGUUCAAGUGAGCACAGCACAAGACGUUAAAAUUCCUCCUGGACACGCCAUCAUGAGGUAACUCAGGCCUCAAAUAGUGACCAGAGUUACUUCCCUGACGACACAGACGGCUUCAUCAACAACAACAGGCCCUCCCAGUCAACACCACCUCAUAAGAUGGCCUGCUGCAGUUGUCCAGUUUGCAGCCGAACAUGCAUCAUAGAGAAGACCAGCAAGAGAGCCAUCAUCAGCAUCAUUCAGACAUGCCCUUGCUAUGGCGAGGACUGUAUAUGUUUUUGCAGAUGCCAGUCUUGGUUGUUUGAUGGGGAGACCAUAAUUGGAAACACAUAUGGAGCCAGCAUGUGGAGACUUGCACGAUGAUUUGAUGAAAUCCACGCUGACAGACGGGCUUGAUACUGAUGGCUCUGAAUGGCGAGAGACCUGGCACUCGGCAUAAAUGUUUUACUUGUCACAACUUUUACUUGUAUUGUCUUUUUUAAUUAUUGAAUGGUAUCAGUCAAUAUGAGGAGGGAGAAACCCUGUGUAUUCUGCACCAGGAUCGAGGAACUCCUGUUGUAUACGGAAAACAACAUUGGAAGACUUAUUCAGCAGAAUUGUGAGAAGAGAGAAAAAUACGUGAGUGGAGGAAGAGGACAACCCUGAACAUCCCCUGGCCCCCUUCUGAAACGCACACACACUUGCAAUCAUCGCGGACUGCUCGCACUCUCACACUAACUGUGGAUGGACUGCAGCUCUAGAAAAAACCCACUACAAGCAGGGAGGACACCGAUGCCCAUGACCCCACACCUAUCCUCCAGGCUGUCCUCGGGAACCCUGCCUCUCCUCUAAGUUCAGUGUGACCAGACAGAGAGCAGACAACAUGGCUCCAAGCCCCCUUCUCUGGCCCCCGCUGGCAUGGCUGUGUGUGGGGCUGCUGUUGCCCCUGGUGCAGGGCGGGGAGUGCCCGCGGCUGUGUGUGUGUGAGGUGCGCCCCUGGUUCACCCCCCAGUCCACCUACAGGGAGGCGGCCACGGUGGACUGCAACGACCUGCGGCUGACACACAUCCCCUCCAACCUGUCUUCUGACACCCAGGUGCUGCUGCUCCAGAGCAACUCCAUCGCCCACACCAGCGGGGAGCUAGAGGCCCUGUUCAACCUGACGGAGCUGGACCUGUCCCAGAACAACUUCAGCACAAUGGAGGCUGUGGGCCUGGCCAACAUGAACCAGCUUACCACCCUUCACCUGGAGGAGAACCAGAUUAGCCAGCUGCCUGACCACUGUCUGCAGGACCUCAGCAACCUACAGGAGCUCUACAUCAACCACAACCAGAUCAGCACCAUCGCCCCCGGGGCUUUCUCCGGUCUGCAUAGCCUGCUGCGCCUCCACCUCAACUCCAACAGGCUCCGGGUUAUCGACAACCGCUGGUUCGAGGCAACGCCCAACCUGGAGAUCCUGAUGAUCGGAGAGAACCCUGUCAUUGGCAUCCUGGACAUGAACUUCAAGCCACUGGGGAGCCUGAGGAGCCUGGUCCUGGCCUGCAUGGACCUCACCGACAUUCCUGGGAAUGCUCUGGUGGGCCUGGAUAACCUGGAGAGCCUAUCCUUCUACGACAACAAGCUGGUCCGGGUGCCCCAGCUGGCCCUGCAGAAAGUGCCCAACCUGAAAUUCCUGGACCUGAACAAGAACCCAGUGCACAAGAUCCAUGAGGGAGACUUCAGGAACAUGCUGCGUCUGAAGGAGCUUGGUAUCAACAACAUGGCUGACCUGGUAUCCAUCGACUGUUACGCCCUGGACAACCUGCCUGAGCUGACCAAGCUGGAGGCCACUAACAACCCCAAGUUGUCCUACGUGCACCGGACGGCCUUCAGGGACGUGUCCUCCCUGGAGAGCCUGAUGCUAAACAACAAUGCCCUCAACUCUGUCUACCAGCACACCGUUGAGGCGCUGCCCAACCUCCGCGAGAUCAGCCUGCACAGCAACCCACUACGCUGCGACUGUGUCAUCCAGUGGAUGAGCUCCAACAGGACCAGCGUGCGCUUCAUGGAGCCCCUGGCUAUGCUGUGUACCUCGCCGCCCGAGCUCCGGGGCCAGCGGGUCAGAGAGGUGAAGCUGCCGGACUCCCCAGAGCAGUGCCUGCCCUUCAUCUCCCACGACACCUUCCCCAGCCACCUGAGCCUUGAGCUGGGCAUGAGUGUCAGCCUGGACUGCAGGGCUAUUGCUGAGCCCGAGCCAGAGAUAUACUGGGUGUCUCCUAUGGGGAGCAAGAUAACAGUGGACACGGUGUCGGAGCGGUACCACCUGAGCAGUGAGGGCACCCUGCGACUGUCCCACGUCCAGGUGGAGGACUCCGGUCGCUACACCUGCAUAGCCCAGAACACAGAGGGCGCCGACACACGCGUCACCACCAUCCGCGUCAAUGGCACCCUGCUGGACAGUGCCGAGGUGAUGAAGAUCUACGUCAAGCAGACCGAGUCCCACUCCAUUCUGGUCUCCUGGAAGAUCAACUCCAACGUCAUGACCUCCAACCUCAAGUGGGCAUCGGCCACCAUGAAGAUUGACAACCCCCACAUCACCUACACUGCACGCGUGCCCGUCGACGUGCACGAGUACAACCUGACCCACCUGCAGCCGGCCACCGAGUACGAGGUGUGCCUCACUGUUUCCAACAUUCACCUGCAGACCCACAAGUCGUGCGUCAACGUGACCACGCGCAGCGUCACCUUCACCCUGGACGUGUUGGACCAGAGACCUAGUGCGGCCCUGUUAGCCGUCAUGGCCACCAUGCUGGCCUUCCUCAGCCUGGCUACUGUGGGGGUGUAUGUGGCCCGGCGCUGGAAGAGGAAGAACUACCACCACUCCCUGAAGAAGUACAUGCAGAAGACCUCCUCCAUCCCCCUCAAUGAGCUCUACCCGCCCCUCAUCAACCUAUGGGAGGCAGAAAGUGAGAAGGACAAGGAGGGCGGUACAGAGAGCAAGCCCUCCCCCGUGGACACCACACGCAGCUACUACAUGUGGUGAAGCAGGCCUGGCCCAGGCCACCCCUCCACCAGCACACACAGACACACUUUUGCCAUUUUGGUGCAAAAGUCAUAUAAAAGUCAUAAAACAUUUGUUUUUGUAUUUUUCUGCUUUGCUAACACAUGGCAGAGGGAUAAAGGACAGGAUUUGUAUUAGUAUAGCGUAUCGCCUUUGUUUGACUCUCUCUUUUUCUCUUUUAUCGUUUGGACUAUUCCAAGAUGGCAGCUGUGUCUAGCUUCCAGAUUGUCUUAGUUGCUGCAUUUUAUUUCUGUGAUGCGUUUUUGAUAGCACAGCUUUUUGUCUUGUUGCUGAUGCAGCAACAGGUACUAUUAGUCUAGGUAAAGGUUCCCCUGGCAAUGUUAGGGAUUGCAGUGCUUAUUCUCUCCUUUUGUAAAUCAGGUCAUCUGUUGUGCACUGAAAUGUAAAUGAGUUUGUAUGGACUUCAAUUAAAAGCUGACUAUGGGGAUUAGACUUCGUAUACUGUCUACUGAAUAACUCUAGCGAUUGUACGGUAAUGUUGAAUCAACUAUCAUUUUAAACUCUUUUUUUUGUAAUUAGUUUGCUGAUUAAUGUGCUGUAAAACUAGAAAUGUGAAUGUCUGAUAACAUAACUAGGUACAGUAGUAGCUUUUUUUAUUUACUCUUCAAUUAUUUAUUUCUUAUUUGCUCAAAUCUGUUGCUGAACACUUACAUUUGUUGUGAUUUUAACAUGCAAAAUGUUGUAUAUGAGGAAGAAGUUUAAAUAAAUAACAUUUUUGUUUGUUUAAUAUAAAUGUC